AUGCAAUAUUGUGUAGGGAAAUGUGCAAAGAAGACAAUAUGUGGAGACAUCACCAUUCCCGAGGAGCAUCUCGAGACUUGUUAUUGCGUGCAUUGUGAUAGUGAUGGCUAUCAACAAAGAGGAACAAAAGGUCCAGGAGUGAACAACACUGAUUUCAUUCUCUAUGUCGCUGCCUUGUCAUCUGAACGAUGUCACCAUGGAAACACAAUUGCUUAUGCAGCUUACUGUCAACAAGAAAGAUCCUUGGACAGACCCGUGGCUGGUUAUUUUAGUAUAUGCCCAAAUUCUUUAUCAACAAGCCCACAACUUCUUUCUACAAUCAAACAUGAAAUCCUUCAUGCAUUGGGUUUCACUGCAGGGUUGUAUGCCUUUUAUCGUGACCGUGAUGGAAAUCCAUUAACAAACCGUUCAGAAAAUUUAGAUGCUUUUUUUUCUCCAUUUUCUUUUACUAAUUUUCCAUUUUCUUUCUUUGACUUUCUUUUUCUUAUUUUUCCUUUCCUUUUUUUUUUAUUUUCUAUUUUCCUUUGCCUUUUUUCAUUCCUUUUCCCUUUUUUGUCCUUUUUUGUUCUUUUUGUCCUUUUUUGUUCUUUUUGUCCUUUUUUGUUCUUUUUUAAUUUUUUGCUCUUUUUUUAUUUUUUGUUUUUAGCCUUUUUUGCCUUUUUUUCUUUUUUCUCUUUUCCUGUUCUUCUUUCUCUUUUCCUGUUGUUUUUAGUUUAA